AUGCCGUCGUCUUCUUGCUUGCAGUGCAAUCUAUGCAGCGGGAUGCUCGCGCUCUUCAAGAGGCGCCCGCGGGCGCUGCUGCUCCGCCGCGCCGUGGGCAGGAUGAACGACAGCCGCCGCCGCCGCCGCCGCCGACGCGCGGGCAGCUUCAGCUCCGUGCGCGCGGUGUUCUGGCCGCUCAUGUCCAUGCGCUCCGAGGCCGACCGCAACGACGUCGUCGACCGGCCGCCGACCUCGUCCACCGACGACAGCGGCGGCAGAGCCACCGUGCGCGCGCCGUCGCCGUCCCUCGACAGCACGCCAUCGGCCCCCGCGUCGACGACGGCCGCCCGGGUGCUGGCGCUGCAGGCCCAGCUCGGCGAGGCCGCGGCGCUGGCGUCGGCGUCGACGAAGCUGAGCACCGGCAACGACAAGGAUGACGGCGUGGAGGAGGCGUGCAGAAGCUUCGAGAAUCACUUGAUGGAGAUGCUGGUGGAGGAGAGGAAGGUGAGGGACCUCAUGGACGUCGAGGAGCUGCUGUGCUGCUGGGAGAAGCUCAGGUCACCGGUGUUCGUCCAGCUCGUCGGCCGCUUCUACGGUGAGCUCUGCAUGGACCUCUUCUCCGGCCGUGACACCGACUUGUCGUCCGAGUCUGACGAGUUGUCCUUCUGAGAACUGCAGCAGAUGUGAGAUUGUGCAUAUUUUGAGCACCUUUUGUUACAGCAUCCGUGAGUUAAUCUGUGAAAUGCCUAUGCUACAUCAGAACCUUGUCCAUUAGACCAUCGGUCCAUCACCAUCCUCAACUCCUUCACCCUCACCUUGUCAAAUUGCACUUUCAACCAAGGACAUGGCACCUUUCAACUUCAGUUCGAGUUUCUGUACUUUUUUUUUGAUCCAGUAUUUUUCGUCUCAGUACAUUGAGUGAAAAAAAAAAGCUACUCCAUGCCUCAUAUCCUCAUUAAACUUCAUAAACACCAUACAUCGCUCACAUUUGUUUUGGGGAGAGGGAACCGCAUGGAUUUCUAACUAUGCGAUUUUCUCGGUGAUUCAUGGGACUAUGGGGAGAGACAGUGAUAGGGGGAAUAAGAGCAUUUCCAACUGCUCUUCUAAAUUUAGUCUUCUAUAUCUUAGUUUGGAUAGUCAUCUUAAACAAUUUCAUUAUCUAUAUAUUUGUGUGUUCUAGCAGAUCAUCUAUA